AAGCGCCACCGCGCUCUGAGGCCGCCGAACCGGGGGAAUGGCAGCACGGCUGGCAGUUCCACGCUUGUUCCGCACGCAACACCCACUACAGGGACAACGUGUUCAUGCCCAGCCUCGCCAGGGCCAACCAGGCCAUGCUAAGGCUCCCGCUGCCGCUCCUCCCGCACACGUGCAGGGCAGCCGGCCACCCAGGCUGCCGGGCCCGGCUGGACGCGCUGGUUGUCCCCCAACAGCUGCUGCGGGACACUAACGCCGUUGUCCACAACCCGCUGGACCGCAGACAAUUAGACCUAGUCGUCUACGGCAUCUCGCCGAACGGCGCCCCGCUGUGCUGCGACAGCAUCAUGGUGUCCGCCCUCCGCAGGGACGGCUGGCACCGGCCGCGCACCUUCGACACCGACGGCGCCGCACUACUUGUGGCCGAAAGGCGCAAACGACGCAGGUACCACGAACUCACGACCGGCCAAUCAGGCCGCCUCAUGGUCCUCUCCUGCGAGGUCGGAGGCACGUGGGGCCGCGACUCCCUCCAGCUGGUACGCCUGCUUGCCAAGCAGAAGGCGCGGGCCGCACCGGCCCUCCUCCGCCGCUCCGCGGAGCUCGCGUACACCAACCGCUGGUGGGGGGUCCUGAGCGUCGCGGCCCAGGACGCGCUCAUGGCCACCCUGACGGGCGACGGCUACCUACCCUUGGGGGGAGCCGCCGGGGAGGACGACCCAGACCUGGCCGAAGUGCUGCUCGCAGCGGGCAGGGCCGGCGGGCGCUGCGGCCGCGGGCCGCCGGGCCGGGGCAGCUCUGGCGGCCUUCGCGGGCGGCUUUGCCGGGGCGCGGAGGGGAGCCGGCCGGGCCAGGGCCUCGAGAGCUGCUUCCGCGGCUUCUGGGCGCCGCCGGAAGCCUCCGGAAGCCGAGGCACGCAGGGCGGCUCGGCCGGGCGGGCGGCGGGCGGCGGCGGCUGGCGGCGCGAAGACCGCGCGGUGGCCAGCGGGCCCGCCGGGCCGCCCAAGGCGACCGCGGGCGCCGGCAGCCCAGCCAGGGGGUGGGGGAUGAGCCCGAAUUUGGCGACCAUGGCGCUCGCGCCCUCGACGGCCAGGAUGUUUUGCAUUAGGUAG